AUGACCAAGCUUCUGCAUGCGGAGGUUGGCGUGAGCGAACAGGAGACGCCGGACGAAAAGAAGGAGCAGGACACAUUCCUCGACGCUCUCAUGAACAGUCCCGUAAUGAAAGAGGUGCACAAGUAUCUAGUUUCUAUCCGUCUCGCGCCACGCACCCCGAAGGAUUUCAAAGAGCUCCUGCGAAAGCUGUGGUUUACGCGAUAUAGGCGUGGCAGACCAAACGACUCCUCGGGAUUUGAGCACGUUUUUGUCGGCGAGAUAAAGAACGGCGAGGUCACUGGUUUCCAUAAUUGGGUAACCUUCUGCGAACAAGAGGCCAAAGGA